CACCAGGAAGACGUGGACUCAUAAGAACGCAACACUAGAUGUCUGCGAGUCAGUGAUGAAAGAGGCAAGCAGGGAAGAGGGAGAAGAGUCAAAACAGUCCCAGUGUUGCAGAGCACAUAGGAGGACGAUUCAUGUGUAAGAGGCAGAGCCCGGCUCAGAUCAGGCAGCGUUGUGGACCAGCACUCAGACCCAGGAUCAGCCCAGCCCUCUCAGAGCUGGAAACAGUCACCCCACCACGUCUCCCGCCUGCACCGCGUGCCUCCCUCGGUGACAUGUACCCCGAGGAGAGCCGGGGGUCUGAAGGGGUAGCCACUGUGGACUUUUUGGAAGGGACGUACGACUAUGCAACCCCUGCCCAGACUCCUCUCUACAGCCACGCCACCACUGGCUACUACUCUGCGCCUCUGGAUGCCCACGGUCCACCCUCCGAUGGCAGUCGUCUGUCCCUCGGCAGUGGGCCUACCAGUCCCCACGUGUACGUGCCCUCCAGCCCCCGACUCAGCCCCUUUAUGCACCCGCCCAGCCACCACUAUCUGGAAACCACUUCAACACCCGUAUUCAGGUCCAGUCAGCAGCCAGUAGCCAGAGAGGACCACUGUGGCACCAGUGACGAGUCAUACAGUUUGGGGGAGUCAGGUGCUGGAGCCGGAGCCGAGGGAUUUGAGAUGGCUAAAGAGACUCGCUUCUGUGCCGUGUGCAGUGACUAUGCCUCUGGGUACCACUAUGGGGUGUGGUCCUGUGAGGGCUGCAAGGCCUUCUUCAAGAGGAGCAUCCAGGGUCACAAUGACUACAUGUGCCCGGCAACCAACCAGUGCACUAUCGACAGGAAUCGGAGGAAGAGCUGCCAGGCUUGCCGACUGAGGAAGUGCUACGAAGUGGGCAUGAUGAAAGGAGGCAUGCGCAAGGAUCGCAGCCGGGUUUUGCGGCGUGACAAGCCACGGACUGGGACUAGUGACAGAGAUAAGGCCUCUAAGGAUCUGGAGCACAAAACAGUGUCCCUCCAGGAUGCAAGGAAAUGCCUCAGCACUGGUGGAAGAGGAGGAGGAGGAAGAAAAUCAUCCAUCACUUGCAUGCCAUCUGACCAGGUUAAUGGACUGUCAAGUGUGACUGUGUAUCUGUUGCUCUCCCAGGUGCUCCUCCUGCUCCAGGGUGCCGAACCCCCAAUACUGUCCUCCCGUCAGAAGCUAAACCGACCCUACACCGAGGUCACCAUGAUGACGCUGCUCACCAGCAUGGCUGACAAGGAGCUCGUCCACAUGAUCGCCUGGGCCAAGAAGCUUCCAGGUUUCCUGCAGCUGUCGCUGCACGACCAGGUGCAGCUGCUGGAGAGCUCGUGGCUGGAGGUGCUGAUGAUCGGGCUCAUCUGGAGGUCCAUCCACUGCCCUGGCAAACUCAUCUUCGCGCAGGACCUCAUACUGGACAGGAAUGAGGGCAACUGUGUCGAGGGCAUGGCUGAGAUCUUCGACAUGCUGCUGGCCGCCGCGUCCCGCUUCCGCAUGCUCAAACUCAAGUCGGAGGAGUUUGUUUGCCUAAAAGCUAUCAUCCUGCUCAACUCUGGUUCUUUCUCCUUCUGCACCGGCACAAUGGAGCCACUGCACAACAUCGCGGCGGUACAGGACAUGCUGGACACCAUCACGGACGCUCUCAUACAUCACAUCAGCCAAUCGGGAUGCUCAGUUCAGCAGCAGUGGAGACGGCAGGCCCAGCUGCUCCUCCUGCUCUCCCACAUCAGGCACAUGAGCAACAAAGGCAUGGAGCACCUCUACAGCAUGAAGUGCAAGAACAAAGUGCCUCUGUACGACCUGCUGCUGGAGAUGCUGGACGCUCACUGCGUCCACCGCCCCGCGAGACCCGUUCAGUCCUGGUUCCAGGUUGACGGAGAGCCAGAGAACAACAACAGCAGCGGCGGUGGCAGCGGCUCACCUUCAGCCGGCUCCAGCUCAGGACCCCGGGGCGGCCUCGAGAGCCCGAGCAGAGCCACGACAUGUCCGGGUGUCCUGCAGUUCAGAGGGUCCCGCCCCGACUGCACCCACAUCCUAUGAGACGGAGCAAGACAAGCAUGUCUGAAGGUCAGGUCAUUUCUAUGAAUGAUGUGUACAGAACAGAAUGAAAGUGGUUGGGAGAUGAACGACAGAGCAGUUGUAUUUGAAUUCGUGUUAUUAGAUAAUUAUUUAUAAAUUUGUUUGAUUUUUGUUGUUGCUGCAGUUGAUUAGGGAGUAAUUAUUCCUUGGCACUGUUCCAAUUCCCCAGAAUCUUUUAAGCUUCAAUGCAGUAACUCCUCUGCCUUUCGUCAUAUCUGUGUUUUUGACUCUUAACAGCGUUAAAGUUCAGCUCUUUAUUUCUAAAACAGCCUGUGUUAGUUUCUUAUUGUGGCUUUUUGGAACUUAUGAUGAUUUUAACCGAAAAGCAGCUUUUUCUUUUUAUUCGCCUAAACCAAAGUGCACUUCGUCGAGUAUUGGGCAUUAUCUUCACUUUUACACACUAAAAUAUUGUGUAACUGGUUCAAAUGAAUGUGAAAAAAAUUUACAUGUGAUUUUUUCACCCAUCAUUAAAUAUUAAAGACCUUUAAUGAUAAUAACUUAGGCACACACAAUUUUAAACUUAUAAAAAUUACAUAAUGAAAUUAUCAAGUUAACAGGCUGAGGGUGUGUGUGUGUGUGUGUGUGUGUGUGUGUGUGUGUGUGUGUGUGUGUGUGUGUGUGUGUGUGUGUGUGUGUGUGUGUGUGUGUGUGUGUGUGUGUGUGUGUGUGUGUGUGUGUGUGUGUGUGUGUGUGUGUGUGUGUGUGAGAGAGAGAGACUGCAAGAGAGAGAGAGAGACUGCAAGAGAGAGAGAGAGACUGCAAGAGAGAGACUGUGAGCUGCGAGUGUCCCUAAGAUAAUUUGAUGCAUCGAUUUUUGUCUUGAUGGAGUCGUUCAGUAUUUCAACCAAGCUAAAAAUUAAGCUAAAGUUCCAGUCCAUAAUGCCUGAGUAGAAGUGUAGUCCGUCAUUGUCCAGUCUGCUCUGGGCGUCUUACAGAUGUACAUGGAAAAAACCUCUGUACAUGAUCAGAAAAUUGGAUUUGGCCCCAUCGAAUCUUUCCAGUGUGAAUCCAGUCAAACCCGACUGUCACUUUGUUUACUGUGCAUAAAAAUAAAAGCCUCAAUUGGAAAA